UUAAAUAUGCUUUACUUACUGAAGAUGCUGAAUGCUUCACAUUUACACGAAUGCUUUACAAUUAUAUGCUUUAAAUUUAAUAUUUUUAGAUUCAAAUUAAAAAAUGUCCUUCUUCUUCAAUUCCAAAAAAAUAUAUUUAAUAACAAUUUUUGUUAUUUUUCUCUCAACUUUUUUAUAUUUUGAGGAAAUCCAAGCAUGUAUUGCAGAUAAACCUGGUUAUGAAAGGAAAUGUGAUCCAAAAAGAAAGGCUUUUGAUUGUUGUAAGGGUAAAUGUACCAAAGAAAGUGGUUGGAAAUGUGUUGGAGGUUUGGAAGAGGAAAAGACUGAAGAUAUAACUGAAAGUUCGCCUACUGAUAAAUAA